AACGACAGUCAACCCGAACAUUCUCGCACUGACGCACACACACAGACUUAUUGAGAUGGAAACAUAAAGGUAAUCUUUAAAUCGGAGCAUCGGGUGAGUCCGGUUGCAAAUUUAAAUUUUGUUGCCGCCUUCAUCUCCAGCAAUACUACAUUAACCAGAAUUCUUCGCGCUGACGUCGAAAACUCGCUAAAAAGGUCGAAGAAAACCCGGUAACAGUCAGACAACGCGUGUGGAAACCGAAGACACUAAUUAAGUGCCUCUGAUGGCUGGUCGACUCCUCAGAGUCUCUCUGACCACAGCUGUGUUUGCCUCUUCUGGGUUUUACCUCUAUAACAGACGGCUGGACUUCAAUGACCUCAGUGUCAUCCGCUCCGGACGAGCUGCAGCCACCACGGCGGCCAUCAGCUACGACUACCUGACCGCUUUCAAACAUGUGGAAUAUGGCACAGAGGAGUACUGGGCCCUCAAGUCCAAGGUGCAUCUUCGGUCAGCGGAGCGUCUUCGAGACUUGUGCUGUGCCAACCGGGGCACUUUCAUCAAGGUGGGCCAGCACCUCGGUGCUCUGGACUACCUUCUACCUGAAGAGUACACAUCCACGCUGAGGGUGCUCCACAGCCGAGCUCCUCAGAGCAGCAUGGAGGAGAUCCGGCAGGUCAUCAGAGAAGACCUUGGCAAGGAGCUGUCGGAGUUAUUUGUCUCCUUUGAGGAGAAGCCUCAGGGUGCAGCCUCCUUAGCCCAGGUCCACAAGGCAGUGUUGCAUGAUGGGAAGACAGUGGCCGUCAAGGUCCAACACCCCAAAGUCCAGAGACAGAGCUCCAAGGACAUAAUGGUGAUGGAGGUGUUGUUGCGGGCAGUCCAUUGGCUCUUCCCGGACCUUGCCUUCAUGUGGUUGGUGGAGGAGGCCAAGAAGAACAUGCCGCUGGAGCUAGACUUCCUUAAUGAGGGACACAAUGCUGAGAGGGUGGCCAACAUGCUGGCCCACUUCCCCUUUCUCAAGGUUCCCAUGAUCCACUGGCAUCUGUCCACAAAGAGGAUCCUGACCAUGGAGUUUGCUGAGGGGGGGCAGGUCAACGACAGGGACUACAUGAAGAAACAUGGUAUCAAUGUCAACGAGAUCUCAGAGAACCUGGGUAAGCUGUACAGUGAAAUGAUCUUUGUGCACGGCUUUGUUCAUUGUGACCCACACCCGGGCAAUGUGCUGGUCCGAAAGUGUCCCCAGAGCAGGAAGACCGAGAUCGUCCUGCUCGAUCACGGCCUUUAUCAGGUCCUGCAGCCAGACUUCAGGUUGGACUACUGCCGGCUGUGGCAGGCUCUGAUUAAAAAUGAAAUGUCUGGGGUGGAGCGUUACAGCCGCAGACUGGGAGCUGGAGAUCUGUACCCGCUGUUUGCCUGUGUUCUCACCGCUCGCUCCUGGACCGCCGUCAAUGCCGGCAUCAGUUCUGUGCCUGUCACACACUCUGAGGACGUUGAGAUACGAACCAAUGCAGCUUUAUACCUGCCCCAGAUAAGCACGCUGUUGAACCGAGUGCCACGGCAGAUGCUGUUGCUGCUGAAGACCAACGACCUGCUGAGGGGGAUUGAGACCACCUUACAGACCAGAGCCUCCUCCUCAUCUUUCAUCAACAUGUCCCGCUGCUGCAUACACGCCAUGGCCAGGUACAAGAGGAGUAAGGCUCAGUCCAGGUGGAGGGUACUGCAGAUCACGCUGGCAGAGUCUCUCAACCUGUGGAGACUCAAUAUGUAUGAACUGUUUCUGUGGACGAAAGGCUCCAUGUUGGUACAGUGGCUCACUGCUCUGCUGGCAUUUCUGCACUAAGACUCAUCUGGACAUCACACUGGAACAUUAACAACAGGCCGGAACCGCUGGCUCUCGAGCAUACUAACACAUUUUGAAUAUGUGUUCAGACACACACGUACACACACUCUCUCUCUCUCUCACACACAUUUACUUCCACAAAUGGUAAUGGCAUAAUUUGUAACUCUGUGGACACAUACAAGGUCACAAGAUGCUGAUGUCUUUGGACACCAGGAGCAACCGUGGCUGCUGAAAAUCUUUUUUGUUUUGUCCUACUAUUUUGUCAUGAUUGUCACGUAUGGACACAAGUUUUAUGGUGAUAACUUGAGCUUUGGUUUCGGGACUUAACAACUAAAGGACACCAACUCAGCCACAAAAUGCGAAAGAGGUUUUGCUUUUGGAGGCUCACGAUCGGCUGGCUCAUUUGUUGCUUUCACGGCCCUCGGUGGCUUGGCACGCCACAUGGCCAGCUCGAGCUGGUCUUUGCCAAUGGGGAUGUCUGAGUCCUCGUCUGUUUGGUGUUGCGGGAAACUCUUGCAGCAAACGGGCCAUUAUCCCUGGAUUGGCUCUCUGAGUUAGGAAGGCUACUGGAGUUGUUCUUGAUUCAGUUGACUAGCCUCCAAACGCUGUCCUUGGGGAGUAGGCUAGUGAAAGUUAAUUCGAACUGAAAUAAAGGCUUAAAAGAAACUUGGUUGUUUCUGAAUUAAAAGUUGCGUGUGUUAAACGGUCUGAUAACUUUAUACAAACCAAACAAAAGGUAAAUUCACCGAAGGUUCGCGGGACCUCGUGAAUAUUGCCAAAUUUCUAUAAGAAGAAAACUUGAAGUUGCAGAGAUUUUCCCCGGGCCGAAGCUCUUGGAUGCUGGACGUUGCUAGGAGAGGUCGCAGGAGCAAGCGAGAAGAGCAGAGAGAAGAGCAAAUGUCCCUUGGUGCGUGUCCCCAGGUAGGAGGGCUUUGUUCCUCCUCCACAAAAUCAACUAUUUUCUUAAAUACCAUAAACAGUUACACCGUUAUAAGUUAUAACAACAUUUCAUAGUGAUAAUAUUGAUUGUUACAUGUUCUUAAUAACAAAAUAUCUAAGAAGGUGUUUAAGCAUGGCAUUGGUAUAAAUCACAGGCAGGAAUGUUAAUGAGCAAAAGUUAAUGAAAUUAACAGCACAGCAAAUUAUUUUCCUUAUGGUUCCUUCUUUUCCACAUAGUUGCUAAACAAUAACGACAUGGUAAUAAAAUACUCAAAACUGAAGUGGCCACUAACUAACUUUUAAAGAUUAUGUAACUAAACAAAGCUACAACUAGCUGCUUAGUUUGAGAAACAUUAUAAGAGAAACAUUAUAAUGUUUCUCAUUAUAAUGUUUCUCAUUAUAAUGAGAAACAUUAUAAUGAGAAACAUGAGAAACAUAUUUCUGGCAUCUGGCAUUCUUAUCAGUAUUUACAUCAGCGCGAAAAGGGAGAGGCAGUGUUUGGUGUGUGUGUGUGUGUGUGAGGGAGGGUCUCAGUUUAUGCCUUUAGUUUAUGACUGCUGAGGUCCUCACAGCCUGGUUCAGGGUGAGGUUAUGUCUCUGGAGAAGGUUAAAUUGUCAUUUUGACAGUCAGGAGUAGAGUCAGUUGUCUUAACUCCACAGGAGAUGGUGGUUUUGCUUGGUUGUUUACUUUUGGCAUGAAAUAAUUAAAUGUCCACUGGUUGGUUCACUACACUUGUGAUACCAUGCUUUCUGAGGCAGUGCAAUAUUAUUGUUAGAUUGUGAUAUUCAGUAGUCAUGAGCUUUAGGUAAUAGGGCUUAAAUAAAAUUAUGUGCAACCUUUUAACCAGGGCUGCAGCUCUCAAACACCAUGUCAGGGCUACGUCAUCUUAUACAAGGCGCCUUAUAGGCAGCCCUAAAGUGGAUAAAACAAUACACUCCACCACGCAGAAAAGAAAGUGAUGCAGCAAAGGCGAGAGAAAGAAACGUUAACAAGCAGACAGGUAGGCAGUAACAUAGCCAGGUGCCAGAUUAGUUAGUAACACGGCCUGAAAGGUAAGUUAGUCAUAGACAAAGACAGCUAUCCAGUCCGGCACACAGUUCACCUUUACCUCCAUCUCAUGUCCAAAGAGGCAAAUUCAGGCACACUGUGUACCAGUAAGGUGAUGAGGGCUGCCGAAAACCACAUACUACGCUCGCAUGAUGAAGAAUUAGAUGAAAUACGAGAGGACUUUUUUUAGUCCCUGCAGAGGUGAUGUGUAGUUUAGUCCUGAUAGUGUUCCUGCCUUGGUGAUGUUGGACUCCUCAACAAAAUACCUCAGAAUCAAGUUUGCAUCAUCAUUUCCUGGUUAUGAAUGCACUGAAUGCUUGAAUGUUAUUCUUUUUAUUGUUAUUAUUACGACAUGUUAACUCUUUCAUCGAUACUGUUAUUCUUCGGUCCUAUACUGCACACUCAUUCCGCCAGCACGCCAGUUUGUAUUACUGUCAUUUUUUCAUUAGGUUUUAUUUACUGAAGUGUUGUCACUCUGAAGAAAUGGUUCUGUCUUCAGCUUUUACAUUCCUGCUGACAAUGACUUUAUUUUCCUCAAGACACGCCUGAGACAAAUGCUGGCAGGUUGCUCCAACCCCACUAUGUGACAUUGUGUGACUGACUGUGAACUGAUUGUGUGACUCUGCAGAAAAUCUUCUCUUCUCUGGCUCAUUGCCUUAUUUGAAAUAUUGUUUUCAUCUUAAAUUCUGUAUUACCUUCUUCAGUGUCAACGUACUGACGCCAACCUCCCACCUGUUAAGAUGGUGACAUUACUCCUUUUUGGUGGCAUCAGAUCAGCCACUACCUGUGAGUUUUAAUAGGUAGGCAGAAACAAAAUGGUUCGAUUUUUUUAUUGUAAUAGCCUAAAUUAAUUAAAAGGAAGCAAAACAAUUAAGAAA